UUGCCCUUAAUCAGGUAAAGUCUCCGUUAAUUACACGCCAACGGCGCGUUGUGAAUAUAAUCUCAGUGUAUGUGGUAGCGGCCCUCACUGGUGUUUUAAUCAAUCUUCAUGUUACACUACAUUGCGUCCAGAGAUUGUCCUUAGGCACCGUCAUUCAGCCAUGCAUGCAUUUUUUUUUGUCUGGCUUUCUAGAUGCUUCCAGCAGAGAUCUGGUACUAUGCCUACAAGGCACAGCUCAUGUAUUCCCCUUUAAAAAAAACCCAGUGCCCCAAGACAGGCCAUUUGACUUUCUCAUCUUGAUGUUCAAUCUGAUAUCAGUACAUCUCCUUGCCCUGUUAGCCUUCUCAGUUCUCUGAUAUCAAGAAACGCCUUACACUUCUCAUUGAGCAUCUCACGAUAUGGUGGUCUCAUUCAACACCGAGGCCCUCAACGGACUGUGUUCUGAGGACCAGCUCGAACUCCUUGACGCGGUAGAUCAGCUGAGACUUCAGGGCAUUGACCAUUAUAUUUCUCUCCCCCAGAUCAUCGUAUGCGGAGAUCAGUCAUCCGGUAAAAGUUCCGUUCUCGAAGCUAUCUCCGGAGUCCCGUUCCCCGUUAAGAGUAACUUGUGCACUCGCUUUCCUACGGAGCUCAUCCUUCGACGAUCAUCAACCACUGACGUCGUGGUCUCCAUCAUCCCCCAUAAACCAAUUAGCGGCUCAAGAGACGAAGUUGUCUCCGCAUUUCAUGAAAAGCUUGAUGGGUUCGAAGGCGUCCCGGAGUUGAUCGAAAGCGCCCAGAUGGCUAUGGGCAUUUCGAUGCAGGGGAAGGGCUUUUCGAAGGAUCUUCUUCGCAUCGAGAUCAGUGGCCCACACCAUCCUCACCUCACCAUUGUUGAUUUGCCAGGACUGAUCCAUUCUGAGACGAAGCAGCAAAGUGCUUCAGACGUCGAGCUUGUCAGAGACGUUGUCCAAACUUACAUGAAGCAGCCACGGAGUAUCAUACUCGCAGUGGUUUCGGCAAAGAACGAUUUUGCCAAUCAGAUCGUUCUCAAACUCGCACGAUCAAUCGACGUCGGAGGCAAACGGACAAUGGGCGUAAUCACCAAACCAGACACACUAGUUAGUGGCUCGGGCAGCGAAGCACUGUACGUGUCUCUCGCUGAGAAUAAAGAGGUGGAAUUCAGUCUCGGAUGGCACGUACUAAAGAACCUCGAUUCGGAGAAGGAUGGGAAAUCAUCGCUCCUCCAUCACCGCAACGAAGAAGAAGCCUUAUUCUUUUCCGAGGGUGUAUGGAGUACACUCCCACCAUCACAGCUGGGUGUUAAGGAGCUCAGAACCAAACUGAGCGAUGUACUCCUUCGGCAAGUCGCCACCGAGUUACCCAGUCUGAUCAUGGAGAUCGACGAAAAGCUGGAAGAGUGUACCUAUCUCCUGCACGAACUUGGCGAGCCAAGAGCUACGGUUCACGAGCAAAGACUGUUCCUCGCCCGUAUCGGCAUGAAAUUCCAACAUCUUAUCAACGAUGCCAAGAACGGUACUUACACGGAUCCCUUUUUUGUAGACGCUAACACGGUGCGUGGGUUUGAGCAGCGAUUGCGCGCCGUCAUCCAGCAACUCAACAGAGAUUUCACUACCCAGAUGCUAAAGCAUGGUCACGCGCAACGUAUUAGUUCAACGCAGGAUCAACUUAAGCAACCUGGAGCGACCACCAGAGAUCAGUUCAUCAUACAUGUCAAAGAACUGAUGCGAAGAACCCGAGGCCGCGAACUUCCUGGUCAGUUCAAUUCGUUCGUAGUCGCCGAUCUUUUCCUUAAGCAAUCCCGACCCUGGAAGGAGAUCGUGGUCGAUCACGUGAACAGCUGCUGGGCCGCCGCGAAGAGGUGUCUGGAGCUUGCGAUUAACUCCUUUGCUGACGGUCCGAUCGCCAUGAAUUUGUUGCAAAAUGUGGUUGUACCAGCAUUAGACAGCCUCAAGAGAGAUGUUGCCUCGAAGGCGACGGAGCUCAUUGAUUCGCAAGUUGCUUGCCAUCCAGUGACAUACAAUGAGCAAUACUUGGAGGCAACCUAUCGAAUUAAUGACCAACGCCGAGGUGAAUACUACAAAAAUAUCGUUCACAGUGUACUUGGGGACCCCAACUCACAUAACAAUAUGUAUAUCAACAAGUCCAGUAUCGAUACUCUCAUUGAACAACUAUCCCAGCGUAGGGAGCCCGAUGCCGAGCAGCGAGCAGCAUCGGAAGCCGUUGAUUGCAUGGAAGCAUAUUACAAUGUUGCUCUCAAGCGGAUCAUCGACGAUGUUGCUAUUGAAGUCAUUGAGCGAAAGCUCUUGGCUGCACUCUCCGAGAUAUUCUCUCCCAUCGAAGUGUUAGAAAUGUCUGAUGAACGCGUCUCCACUAUUGCGGGCGAAUCGGCGGAAAUCCGAGACAAGAGAACCAGGCUGGCAAACCAGAUUGAAAGCCUCAACAAGGGCUCCGAAACCUGUAGGCGAUUCGCAGGCCUGCGGCUUUUUGAUCCAAUUCCUCAAGACCGAGAUGACGAAUGGUCUGCUAGCAUACUGCAAUUUCAAGAAGGUACUGGUUUUAAUGAGUCUGAAAGGGAGUCUGUUAAAGAACCUAUCGAGGAGGACUUGGAAUGUUCCAUUGAGAAGCCCAUGGAGGAGCCUGUGGAGGUCUUAGAGUGGCCCGAAUAUGGCAAGAUGUCUAAGAGGGAGAAAAAAAUGAAGGGCAAGAAGGCUCAGAGAAAGGCGGAAUCGGUAGCACCACCCGAAGUUUGCGUUGAGGACAAGAAUGUUGGUUGGGUGGUGAACUGCGCAUAGGACUCGAGAAGGUGAUGUUAGUGGGUCGGUAACUUGCAGCAGAUGAUGAUUAGCUCUCGCUGCCAGGAAAGCAAAACAUGUUGUGAGACGUAGGAAAUCAGGUUCUGGUACCUUCAUUUCCAACAAUGUGGUAACAUAAAGAGUCGCUGAUAAGGCCGAAGUAAAGGAUGAUACGAUCCAUUAAUACGCUGGAAGGGAUUCCGAAUGCGUCUUAAUGACCAAUGCUUUUCGAUUAAGGUUAUUGUAUGUGUAUAAUAUUAAUUAAUGAAAAAUCACUGGUACCUGGUUGAUCUAACACGAACAGAGAGCUCUAGACCAUCCCCUUGUUGAAACCACCCCUGCCCAUACUAACCUAAUAGGCUACCUACACCACCACAUUGCUGAGUAGGGAAACUGAGCAAAGAAUAGCCAUGGUCAUGUGGAAACGAUCAGUGCCGAGAUAUUUGCUGCGCCUGUGUAUUUUACUGUAAGUGAUGUGCGUGAACUAUUAAAGUUAAACAAGGCGCCCACUUACGCAGCCGCUACUCCUCACCCCUUACCUUACAUGUGCAUUACUUACUUGCGCUGCGGUAUGCAGACUUUUUCCUUGUGCCUAGGUAUUCGUGUUGGGCUGGUGUUGCAUUCUUAGCUCGAUUCGGCAAUGGAGCGGCCCAGCCUUUCUCUCGGUAGCGGCUUGUUCCUCCUAUGUAGGCGAGG